AUGGAAAACGACGAUGGCUGGCUGGCCAUCGACAAACUAGAGCACCUCCUUUUCUGCUUCUUCAUUUCCAUCGUCUUCUCACUUCUUGCGUCCAAGGCCCGAUACGCAGUCAUCCGCCGCCGCAGCAUUUUGUUCGGAUCCAUAGUCUCCUUCGCUGCCGGAGUCGCCAAGGAGUUCGCCGACGAACUGGGUUUUUUUCAAUCAUCUGGAGCCUCCUUCAAGGACGCUGUCGCGGAUCUCGUCGGCAUUCUAAUCUCCGCCGUGGUGCUUUACUUGUAUAACGACAGGAUGUCAUUUCGCCGCGUCAGAACCGGCGGUCCGGAUCAUACCCGGGUGCUCGACUUGGUUUGA